GGCGAUUUCUACUUCACGGCUAGGACGUAACCAAGGUGGAAGUUAUAUUUCGUGAAUACGUACGAAGAAAAUUUGAAAAUUGUUGCUCCGCACAUGACGAUGUGCAUUAAUUUGAGAUACGUAUGGUGGUGGCAGUUCAUGGCGACGGCUUUGUUUACAAAUAUCACGCUAUGCCUGGGGCAGCGAAUAUCCGAUACGAAAGGAAGGAACACCGAGUCUCCGGAAGAAAAUAUUGGCAAUUACCUUGGAAUAGAUUUGGAAAAGAAUAACAACCUAUUGAUUCUUAUUUUAUCUGUCGCAAUACUUCUUAUUUUUAUCAUAACUGUAUUGAGUGUUAGCAUCUGUAAAAGAAAAGGAUGUUUUUGUCAUUCGAUGAUGCAACGGACAAAUGUAGCUGUCAUACAAGCGUCCGGAACGAGGCAGGGUGACAGUGAUUUGCCGCCUUCUUACUGCCACUGUGUUCGAGAAGGUAUCAUUGCGUCAUCAGACAGUUUUAUUGAAGGAUUAUGGGGCACUGAUUGUGCAAACUACCUACCAGACUACGAGACUGUCGUCGCUGAUAGGUCAGGGGCGACUUUACAACGCAAUAACAGUGUUUCUGAUGUAAGAAGUGAGAUCUCGUCGUCGAGUGUGUCCCUUUUGAUUCGCGAAACCAGUGGCGAAAACGAGAAAUCGGAGCAACCUUGCAAUUUAGAAAUACAUGUUGAAGGCGUUGACAAUGUACACGGGCAUGUAACUAUUGCAGUAACAGACAUUGACCCUUACCAGCACUGCGCGUGUGACGCAACUGCAGAAAACGUCACAUCCCAUAAUAGUGAGGAACUGAAAUACGACGUUACCAAUGAAUAAAUUUUAACACCAAAACUAGAAGGACAUUGUUGAACUAUUUAUUGGAAAAACUUAUAUUCUCCGAGGACCGAGUUGGUGAUGAAAUUAUGCUACAACGUAGAAGAAUUAUAUGAGCAUCAGGAAGAAAGCCGCUACCGCGCAACCGAAAGCGUCGUAGUAUCCAAGGACAUUCACGUGUCAAUGAUCUGAAUGCCAACCAUUCACCUAAUUCAUAUUUACUGCACUACGCCUAUGACCUUAGACAUGUGAUGACGUGUAUGGCUAAGAAUGCUGUGAAUAUACCGACGUGAGAAACGAAAAUCUUGUACGAUGACACUGGGUAUCAUCACCUCGCAAAGUCGAGUAUCCCCGUGUAUUAU